CCAACACAGGAUGACAUCUGCCAUUUUGAUCCUGAGUCUAGUUCUGCUCCAUGGGUGCAUUUCCCCCGCCUGGUCACAGGAUAUGGCGCCUGAUGUGAUGGUGGUCGUGGAUCAAGUGCAGGAGCUGCUUACCGCCAAUUUGCAAGGCCCACAGAGUUUGGAGAACAAUGGUGGGCCACCCAAUGGACCGCCCUUCCCCGAUCCAUCAACGUUCAUGCAGAACUUGGGGGUGUAAUUCUAACAAAUA